CUGUCGGCCAGUUUUCCGACCGGUGCCUCGCAGAACCGGCCUCCUUUUGCCCAAAGCGCCAUCUCCACUCUCAGCGGGCCUCGGUGGCACCGGCGCCAUCGAUUUCGCGUCACAUUCAACCGCUCCUGUCCCGACAUGCGUCCGGCCUCGGCGGGCGCUCGACGUCUCCUCUCUCUGCUUCUCGUCGCCGCCUGCUCCGGUCUCGUCUGCCGGGCCGACGUGCCGCACCGUCUCUUCACGUCGCACCGUCGCGACGGCCACGACGUCUACACCCACGAGCUCCUCGUCAACCGGCCCGCCCAACUGCCCUGCUCCUCGGCCCGACUGCCGCCGUCCGACGGAUGGACGUUCGUCUGGUACCGGGCCGGCCGGCCCGUCUCCGAGGCCUCUUCCCUCCUGUGCGCCAGUUGGGACUCGACCGGUCUGCUCACCAUCCUCGACAUGUUGCCUCGUUCCACUCUACUCGUCUGCCAGGCCAGCAUCAACACCAACACCAACACCAACACCAACACCAACACAAAAACCAAUACCAACACCAACACCAACACCAGCACCAACACCAACACCAACACCGGUACCGGCCAACGCCGGUUCGACCACCUCGUCCGUUUCCUUGACUACGCGCUGCCUCAGCUCGCCGUCUCGCUCGACGUCGCCGUGCAGGCCAACGAGCCGGCCGAGACGCUGACCCAACUGGCCGGCAGAGAGUCGGCCUCCUGCCUCACGUUCGCGUCGCGCAGGACUCGCGGCCUCGACCAGACCGACGUCGUCAUGGAGACGACCGACCCGGCGGCCAAAUCGGCCAUUGUCGAGUUGGCCGAGGAGGUGUGCACUGGCGAGGCCAUCUGCGAACUCAUGAGUCUGGACUACUUCUACUGCGAGUACGCUGUGGAGAAGAAACGCAUCUUCUACUCGUUCGACAUCAGCUACUUCCUCUCGGUCCACUGCACUCGGUCCACUGCCGCGGGAGACGCGCUCUCGCAGACUUGUUUCAUGCAGGCGCGCAACGACGCGACCGGCAGUUGA